UUUCCCCAAAGAUACAACGAAGAGUUCUCAGAAGUUUUUCGGGACUGGAUCUGGCCGGCCCUGGAGAACAUGGUCGAGCUCCUGCUGCCACUCAUGGCGGUGUCCUUCUGCUUCUUCCUCACGGCCACCACGAUGAUCAGACGGCCCGUCUCGAGGGAGAAGGACCUGGAGCUGGAGAUGAAGAAGUACUUCAUC